AUGGAUCGACUCUCCGCCACCCUUCCAGCGCACAAGAGCGCAUUCUUCUCCGCUUCCGUUCCGCUCCGCGCGCGCGCGGUAGCGCCACCACCCCGCGCGGCCUCCCCCUCCGCGCUCCCCCCGAUCUCCAACAUCUUCUUCCUCCGCCCGCGGGCCCCCCCGCCGCCGCCGCCGCCGCAGGAGCCGCCGAGCACGGGGAAGGUCCCCGCGCCGGGGCGGUACGGCGGCGCGCCGCUCGACAAGCGCAUUCGGCAAACGUGGGGCGGGAAGGAGGAGGAUCCGUUGGAAUCGGGCGAGUAUAUCUGGAAUACGGAGUGGAAGAAAACCGUCACGGUGGACGAUGCUGACAAGAACAAGGCAGCAGCGGAGGACCCAAUCGCGUCAGCCGUGUCGUCCAACGACCCGGGCACUUCCAACGGCGGCUUCCUCUCCCUUGGCCGCUCGCUUGCCCUCGACAGCAUGGACGUGGAUCUGAGCGCGGAGCUGAGCCGGCCCAGCAAGGCCACUCUGGAGAAGCAGGUGGAGGCAGCCCGCCGCGCUGCAGGCAUGCAGGCACAGCAGGGGAGCAGUGAGGGCAAGAUCAAGUGGCGCUAUGCCCCAACCAGCAAGGAGGAGCGCCAGUGGGCUGAGGCCAACAAGAGGAGCGCCAAGAUGGUUACGGCGUUUGUGGAGAAGGAGGAGCCGCUCACCCCGGAGCAGAUAGCUCAGCGGGAGAAGCAGCAGUAUGAGAAGCUGAAGCAGAGCCUGCUGCUAACGACGCUGGGGCUGGGGGUGGUGUUCACCGGCACUGCUGCUGUGCUCUACAGCCCUGAGGUUGCUGUCAGUUACGGGGUGGGAGCGGUGGGGUCACUGGUUUAUGUGCGCAUGCUCUCCUCUAGUGUGGAGGCUCUGGGAGCCAACAAUGUGCAAGGCGCUGUCAGGGGAGCUGUGGGUCAGCCUAGGCUGCUGGUGCCAGUGGUGCUAGUCAUGGCAUUCAACAGAUGGAACGAGAUUGCGGUGCCACAGUACGGAGCAGUGCCGCUAGAGCUCAUCCCCAUGCUGGUGGGCUUCUUCACUGUUCUGCUGAGGAGCAGGCAGUCAGGUGUGCCUGUCUGGUUUCUCCUGCCCUUCUCACACUCUCCUUCUGUUACUACUCCUUUCUUGCUUCCUCCCCUGCUCCUCUCCUCCCUCCCUCCUCUCUCUCUCCUCCCUCCCUCCUCCUUUCCUCCCUUUCCUCCUCUCUUUCUCCUCCCCUUCGUCCUCCCGUUUCUCCUCCAUUACCUCGUCCCCUCCUCUCCCCUCCACGCCCCUCCCAUCCCCUCCUCGCUCACCCGCACCCUCCAGCCAUCAGCACGCCUGCCGUGCCUCACCCCAUCAGAGGCGGUGCAGCUACUGACCAAGGGGCGAGCGCGGGACAUCCGCAUACUGCAUGUGGCAGGGCGCUGCCAGUGGGCGGAGCACCUCGUGCUCGCCACGGCCCACUCCACACGCCACGCCAGAGGGCUUGCUGCAGGGCUGGCCUACGAGUUGAAGCAGCGAUAUGUGAGGGAGGGCAUGGCAGCGCGUGCGCCAGAGGUGGAGGGAAAAGAGGCGGAGCACUGGAUGCUGCUGGACUGCGGGCGCACGGUGGUGCAUGUGAUGACGGAAGAGGGUAGGCGGAGGUACAAGCUUGGGCGUCGUGAGCGACCGACCCUGGUCGCAGUCGUGCUCGUUGUCCUCGUUAUUGCGUGCAUCGCGAGACGAAUACGAGCAGCAGCGACCGAACCUAUACGGGAAGCAGCAGCGGGAACAACGGCAGGAACAGCGGCGGGAGCAGCAGCGGCAGGGGCGGCAUUAGGAGCGGAAGCGGCAUGGAAGCAGCCGCUGGCGGAAGAAUGCGCAGGCGGAGUCGGAGCAAUGCCGCGCGCGCAAGUGGGAGCGGGCACUGGCGCGGACAUCGCGCGCAAUGAACUGGGAUGGUGGGCCAGAGGCGCGGGUGAAAGGAGGCGGUACCUGGCAGGCGUGGGGUGCGGAAGGCGCGAGGGGCGGAUGCUGCAUGAGAUGGAGGAAGGCGGGGCGGUGGUGGGGCGCGUUGCGGCCCUGGAAGACGAGCUCAACGUCGCCGCGGGGGGCGCGGCGGCGGGGGAAGCGGCGGCAGGGGAAGCGGCGGCGGCGGGAGCGGCGGCGGGGGGAGGGGUGGCGGGGGGAGGGCAAGUGUUGCAGCAACCCCCGUUACAGGCUGCUCCGCGAGCAGCACAAGGCAGCAGUGAGAAUGGAAGCGUGGCAGGUGGUGGCACGCCUGUGGAAUCAGCAGGAGGAGAGGAGGGAAGGGGUAGCGGGAGGGAAGAUGAAGGAAGAAUGGAGGGGGAUGGGACUGAUAGAGGGAGCGCUGAUUCUUCUGCUGCCGGAAGCAUCAAGCUAGACUGGACCCGUCCCUUAACCAUGAAGCAGCGAGUAGAGUUGGACCAGCGCAAGGUGGACAGGGGGGUGUGCAGCGGUACAGUGCGGUACGACAACCAGUACGGCAGGGGGCACAUGGCAUGGAUACCGCUCCCGGGACGAUACGUGCUCAUGGAUUGCCAUCGCAACCAGGUGGGUCAAGCAAGCGAGGCUAUUGCAUGGCCUUUGGCCAAUGGCGUACGGGUUACUGGCUAUCGCCUGUCCUCCGCGGGCCUUACUCUUACCGCUCUCUGCCUCUCUCCCCCUCCCACGCUCGUCACACUUGCCAUCCCAUCCCUGGUGUGCCCAUCCCCUCCCGUCUUGAUGUGGCAGUUGAGCAAUCGGGUGCGGUGCAUUCGCAACUACCUCACGCUCACGGGCUACCUCAACCGCACGCUUGUCGUGCCGCUGCACGCCGCAGACGCCAGCAGCACCGGCGGGAACACCGGGAACAGCAGCAGCAGCAGCAGCAGCACGACGCCUGUUGCGGACUCGCACGGCAACAGGUUGAGCUACGACCGGCGUGUGUUCUUCGACGUAGCACACGCGCAGCUGUGCUUCGGACCCACCACUGUCAUGACUCCGCUGCAGGUGCUGCUGCGCCUGCAGGGAGACAACGGCACACACGGCAUGGGAUCAACGAUGAUGGAUGCGUCUAGGAGUCCCCAGGGCGAGUACAUGAACGGUCUAGAUGUGCCCUUCUUCAGCCUGGAUGGCUGCAACAAUCGCCUGGCCAUUCAGCCGCAUCCCGCUGUGCUGGCUGCUGCAGAUGCGUUUGUGAGGCGCGUUGUGCUGGGGGGAAGGGCGAGGGAGUGGGAGGUUGCUUCUGGGGAUAACAGCAGUGACAGUGCAUACAAGAAGGCGGGGCAUGUGAGUGCGCAGCAGGCGGGGCUGUGUGUGGCGCAUAAGAUGCAGCGCUCCUACAACACCACUGCUCUCUUCCUUGCCACUGACGCCGGUGCUGACGAGAUCUCUGACUUGGAACAAUCCAUCCGAUCAGUCAUUCCAAGCCUGCAGCUUUUCCAGCUGCCUCAAGAAUUCACAGAGCAGCCAUGGGCAGAGGUCCUCCUGCCCUUCCAUUUCGAGCACUUGACCACAGUCAGGGCGACACUCGACAAGGCCGUAUGCGCUAUGGCUGAUGUGUUUCUGGGGACAAAAAUAUCCUCUUUUUCACAGGACAUUUUUAGAAUUAGGUCGGGUCUCCGGUACAAUGCGUGCGAUGAUUCUACAGUUUGCGCUGAUGAGACGAGCAAUAAAACAUGA